AACGUUAGUGCCUUGUAACCAACAGCUUGUGGGCAUGCGUUUUCGUAAACAGAUCCAGCUUCCUUUUUCCGGUGUGAAUUGACAGACAGACAGCUAGCGUAUUUUCGGCUGUUUGUAUCGGUUGAAAUCUGCAGUCAUGAUUAUUUACCACGAUAUUAUUUCAAACGAUGAACUGUUCACAGACUCUUUCAGAGUGGAGGAGGUUGAAGAUGGAUUUAUCCUUAAAGUACAUGCCAAAAUGAUAGAGAAGAAGGGAGAGUCUAUUGAUGCGUCUGCGUUUGGUGGCAACCCGUCAGCAGAGGAGGAGGAGGAGGCUCUGGAGGACCCGGGCUUGGAGAAGGGACUCGAUAUUGUCAUCUACCACAAACUCAAGGAUGAGAGCGCAGGGUUCCCCAAGAAAAAGGACCUCCAGGGAUACCUUAAACUCUACAUGAAAAAUUUGAUUAAGCACUUAGAGACAGCUGAAGCGUCAAAAGACAAAAUUGAAACCAUCAAGAAAGACCUGUCGGCCAAUAUCAAGAAAUUCACAGACCUUAUGGAGGACGACUCAUCGGUUUACUUUUCUGAAAACUUUGAUGCAUCUGAGUUUAAGUGUGCCCCAAUCAUUGGCAAGUGGGACGAGAGUGGUAUGGGGGUGACGAUGUACUUCAUCAAGUGUCUAGUGACAGAGGAGAAGGCAUAGACUACACAUUUUUUUCACUUCAUGAAUUGCUACGGAGAUAUGGACUACAUUAAACAACAAUGCUGCAGAUAUCAACAUGCGAUCCUUGUUUAUUACAGGGACCUCAGCUGUCUGCUCAAAUACAACCGAAGAGUCAAAUUGCACUUGUAAAUAGCACAUUUUGCAAGCAGUGUUUGACUGUUAACACAUGGGGCUUAUAAUGAAAAAGUGGACACUGUAUAAGAGUUAUAAGAUAGAAUCAGUAUUUUGCAUGUAUACAAUAAUGCUAAGUUAUAUUGACUUAAUCAAUGUAUGUGUCUAAGUAGUGCAAUAACAGUACCUUAUGUGAAAUUUUUAUUUGUAGCCUUCAGCCCCUGAUAGGAUUGAAAACUGUAAAUAUCUUGUUUGUUUUCUUUUCCUGUCGAUUAUUAAUGAAACUCAUACAAAUAAACAUAUUUAUACACAUAA